AGAGAGCUAUAAUUAACAACGAAGUGAGAUUUCUCUGAGAGAGCCAAGACCAAAAACAAGAGCCAACAUGCAGAUUUUCGUGAAAACCCUAACUGGCAAGACCAUCACUCUCGAGGUUGAGAACAGCGACACCAUCGAUAAUGUCAAAGCCAAGAUCCAGGAUAAGGAAGGCAUCCCUCCUGAUCAACAGAGAUUGAUUUUUGCCGGUAAGCAAUUGGAAGAUGGAAGAACUCUUGCAGAUUACAACAUCCAAAAGGAGUCAACUCUUCACCUAGUUUUAAGGCUGAGGGGUGGAACUAUGAUUAAGGUGAAGACUCUUACCGGGAAAGAAAUUGAGAUUGAUAUUGAACCGACUGACACCAUUGACAGAAUCAAGGAAAGGGUUGAGGAGAAAGAGGGAAUUCCUCCAGUGCAACAAAGGCUGAUUUAUGCCGGUAAGCAGCUUGGAGAUGACAAAACUGCUAAAGACUACAACAUUGAGGGUGGCUCUGUCCUUCAUUUGGUGCUUGCACUACGUGGAGGUAGUCUAUAAAUUGUAUCGUAGUAUUGUAUCUAAUGAUCAGUUCAGGCAAACUCUUUCGUGAAGGCUUUAUCGUGUCUUGAUACUCCUACACAUUUGAGUUGCAUGACAUGGCAGAAAACGUGUUCUAUUUACCUUGGACAGAAGUAUUGGUCUACCUUUCUGCUUUGUAUGUUCACUGUUGAUGCUCUCUUGCUUUUACUUUAUACAAGCUUAGCUUCACUUGGGCAAAAAAAUUUAUGAAUCCUGAUUGCAGUUGUUUCUGCUUGUCCAUGAUCUAUAGAACUUGGUGACAUGUACUCCAUAUAUGCUACUCGUGUGUCCGGAAAUUAGAUGACGUAUACCUUUGAGAA